GACGAAAGAAAGAAAGAUGGUUUCACUUGCAAGCAGUUUUGUUCCAUAAGCUAGUAAAGGAAGAAGAAAGCAGAGGGAGAGAGAGAGAGAGAGAAAGAGGACAAACAGAAAUCAAGCCAGAGAGAAGACAUAGUUGUUAUUUGUUUGGGAGGAGGCCAUGGCGAUGGCGUGCACAGGCGCAUCCUCGAUGGCGGCAGCCGUAUUAGGGCCUCGUCUCCCCACCUCCAAGCCCUCACGCAGCUCCGCCUUACCUUACCUCCCACCUUGCCCAGCUACUCUGUCUUUCUCGACCUCCUCCUUCCACGUUUCAGAGAAUCACAGGCUUACUUCACUUCAGGUCAGAGCUUCUUCCUCAGAAGAAACAUCUGGUUCGGUUGAAGUUGGAGAGGUAUUCACAGACUUGAAGGAGAAGUGGGAUGCAGUCGAAAAUAAGUCUACAGUACUACUUUAUGGAGGUGGGGCAAUAGUAGCAGUUUGGCUAUCUUCAGUUGUGGUUGGUGCCAUUAAUUCGGUUCCUUUGCUUCCAAAGAUCAUGGAAUUAGUAGGGCUUGGAUACACCGGUUGGUUUGUCUACCGAUACCUCCUCUUCAAGUCAAGCAGAAAGGAACUAGCUACUGACAUUGAAGCAUUGAAGAAAAAGAUUACUGGAAGCGAAUAGAGCCAAAUGAGUUGGGUGGUGAAGUGUAUCAUAAUACAUCUAGUCCGGCUCAUUGAUUCAAUGUGUUCUCUAGAUCUCCCAUAUAAGAGACAUUUAAAUCCUGUACUGUAAGUGCAUUCUCUUUGUUUUCCUUUUGCUUUAUACCAACCAGCCUGUUUCUUGGAAUGACAAUGAGCAAUUUUCUUAAUAACUAAUUGCAAAGAUUCUGUGUUGGUCGAGUC